ACAUACGAGCGAGUGAGAGCGAGGAGCGAGAGAACAAGAGAGCGAGAGGGGGCCCGCGUAGGCCAACCACACCCAGUAUCUACUCGUUCCCAUACUCUUCCCGACCCGACACAACAAGUACAAAGAGGACUGCAGAAACAAUGCGAUUUUGCACGAUGUACACUGUACAAUGCCAAGCAUCUUUUGGCUCUCCAUAUCUUAUCUUGUCUACAGGACAUUUCACAAGGAGAGGAUUUGUUGCGUUUUCGUUGUCAUUGUCCAUCUGUCUUUUGUAUCACCCCUCCCUGUUACUCGUAGGAUCGAGACAUGUGCCGAGUUUUCAACCGAGAGUUCGAACAGCGAAAAUCGAAAAUUCGCCCGGGUGAUUAAUCACAAAAGGGUCGCCGCAAAUCGCCUAACAAGAAUUAUUAUUGAGAUGACUUUGCUGGUGGUGCAAGCCAUGGGGCUGGACGACAGUGCCCUUUGGCCAAUGAGACGUACAGGAAUGAAAAGGUGGCCCAAUGCGACUGACUGUAUAUACUGUACAUACAUACGGAGUACAUACGGAAUACUGCGUUCUGUAUUCGACACAUUGAACGUCAUGCAGAAACAGAACUCCAUCAUUGGAUAUACGUAUACACACAUGUACCUCUCUGCAAUACUGGAACUGGGACAUGGUGGGGUACAAAAACACUCCUCAAUCCAGCCUCACAUCCCCAUUCACGCAUUCUACCAAUGCAAUCUCCUCUCCCACUUACAUCCCGUCAAUUGCCCCAUCAACCUCUACAGAAACCUAGCCCGCAACCCAUAGCCACAUAACCGUAGAAACAGAACAAUACCUCACAUAACGCAUAGGCAGAGCACUCCCACACGCACGCUGCUGGACAUCGUUCGAACUUCGGACCCUUCGCUAAGCGAGCGGCUCGCUUAAUGGCGUAGCCGCCGCCGUAGUACAACAUUGGAAAUGGAGCCGCCUGAGCCCGCCAAUCCGGACUGAGUAGUUCUCAUGCUAGCAGUCAGUCCUUCACGAAGAUUGCCAG